UUGGAGCCGGCAUGGUGUUCGUCGCCGCUCCUACAAUCAUCAGCGAGCACUUCGUGAAGAACAAAGGCCUGGCCACAGGCGUAUAUUUCUUGGGCGCCACCUUGGCCGCGUUCGUCUUCCCGAAGUUGCUCGAGUACCUCUAUGACACCUACGGCCUGCACGGCACCUUUUUGAUCUUCGGAGGAGUGCUAAUGAACGGACUUGCGUUCAGCCUGUUCCCUCGCACACCAGAGUGGAGGAGGUCCGUUCCCCUCGGACAGAAGCAAGACAGCGCCAAGCAAUCACCCUCAUCGUCCUCUGAGGACGAAAAAUGCGGAACGUGGCGUCACGGAGCUAGCGUAUUCAAGUCACCUAUCCUCUACCUCUUCAUGUACAGUUUCAUCGUUCAGAGCUUCGGCUACGAGUGCUACAUUGCGCUUUUCAUCGACUUCGCUGUGGACCGGGGCGCUUCGCUUUCCACCGCUGUGACUGUGUAUGCCAUGGGGGCGAUUGCGGAGGCCUUCGCGCGGCUGUUGCUUCCAGCCGCAGUCGACCGCGGACUGCUCUCCAACAAGGCUCUCCUGGUGAUCGUCUUCGCCGGCCAGGGUGUAAUACUUCUCGUACUGCCCUUCUUGCACAUUCACGGGCUCAUCUUCGCCGCUUCUGUGGGCACAGCCUGCACAAUUGGCGCUGGCAUGAUCGUGAUUCCCGUUACCGUAGCCUGCUACUUUGGCGUGGAACGAAUGUCAAUGUCCUACGGUGUCAUCGUUGCAUCAGCGGGGAUGUUCUCAUUUGGAAAGCCAGCAGUCAUAGGCUACUUCAGGGACAGAAAAGGGGCCUACGACAUUCUCUUUCUCAUCUGUGGAGCUCUUACGGUGAUGGCUGCUCUUAUGUGGAGCCUUGUUUUCUUGAUAGAAGCAAGACAAGAAAGAAAGAAGACGUCCCAGCAGUGUGCGGCACCCGAGAAUGGAGCCGAAAUUACACAUAUGUGAAGCUCAAAUAAUGCGACUAUGGUAACGCCCCGCCAAGGAUGCUCCAGCCUUGCGUGGCGCUGACAUCACCGCCAUCACAAUCACCAAAUGUCAUUAUCGCAGCUUUCCUUUCAUAGGCUAAACAUAGUCUAUUCAAUUACGCCCUGUGGCAUAUGUCUUUACAGUUUAUAAAAAACGUUUGCAAUGAUUUUCUCAUGCAACUUUCCAAAUGAAUAUAGCUCUGCGAAUACAGCUGCAUUAGAAAGGCAAAGAUAUGGCUGAUAAAAUCGGACAACGUAUCCUACAGGUGCAUUAAGAUGGCCACACAGCGCUGGAACUGUUUAGUUCAUCAUCACUUAUCGAGCAUGCGAACACAUCUGGCCCUGCUGUGCAGAGAGGUUCAGACCCCCACGCAACAGAAAACAAUUGCUGCGUCACGUCCCGCCGGAAACAAAUACGGUUGGAAUGUGUCGUGGUCAUUGUCAUCGGGCCUUUAAUGACAAAAUCGGCUCUAUGCGUCCUUCUGCACUCCGCGUUGUCCAGCACCUGUUGCGACUUUGCCCUUUCGGAGAAUGCUGCGGAAAACCAAAGGAAGUAGUUCUCACGUUCAUCAUACGACAGAACAAGCGGCAUGAAUCGAGAUGGAACAUUUUAGGCAGGGGUCACGCCCGUUUCUUCUUUUUUUACGGUCAAUGUUCUAGAACAUGAGGAGAGAGUAAUGUUCAUGCACAUACCUGGUCCAAGUUGACCCAAUGAGGUCGCCGGUCUGUUGUGAUUUUUUGUCAGGUGGUUUCUAGGGAGCAAACAACGUUUAAAGCUCAGCUCCUGACCCAUUACGAGUGUUAUGGACGUAGGAGCCGAGCUCUCCACGGCUGGCUCUGCCAAAUUUAAUGUGUAAAUUCCAAAGCAAGUAGCUGCUUGUAAAUACUCUGUACAUGACGCCUCAUUCUUUUCUUAGUAUGUUAUAACCAUCUCAUGAAUGUUAGAAGCAACGAAGGCAGUGGCAGCAAUUGAGGACAACACGUUUCUUCGUGAAGUAAGCUGAUUAUGUCGGCUUGAGAAGCAACCGUCAGGGCUGAAGGAACUUUAUCCAAUGACAACCUGCUGAGCUCGCGCCCAAUUGUCUCGCAUUAAACGACCGUUCGUGUCAUCAGUUGAGAAGCGUCAGCCUUUUGCUUCCUCCUCUGGCUAUGUUCUGGCGUUGCAGUGAAUAAAUCUCUUCAGCGCUAGAAGCACAAGGUGGCUUUAGGCACGCUGCGCAUUUGUCUGUCUGUCUGCCUGUCUGUCUUUACAUAUAGACUAUGUAGACAGUUUGAUCUUGCUGCUACCUGCUAGACCAAAAGCGCUCGUCAAACACAUCGUUGAAAUGUUAACAAAUCAAACAUUUAUUCACUUACAACGGAACUGAAGAAACAACGUGCAGUUCAAACAGCUUCUGCACAUUCCUCCUGGCCAAGCCGCUUUUAUAUCGGACACGGGCUCGGCGCAUACAGUUGCGCAUGUCUCAUCACCGCCUAUCGCCCCAACACACGGCCUGCAUGAAAAACCUACAACUGUUAUAAUACAGGGAUGAAAAACUUGACAUACAUCGAAAUGUCUUCAGACAAAAGGCAACGGAAGAAGCCAUGAGGUCGUAGGUUUCUGAGUUCAUAUAUUAUCGUUUUUCUUUUCUCUUUUUUUUGUGUGGUCUUGCGUCAAGUACUUUCCCACAUUUAUUGUUGAGCUUUAAUUCAUAGAAUAUUUUCCAGUGCUUUACUUCCGUUAGUGAUUACAGUACGCAUGCACUUGUUAAUGAUAAAAUGUAGAUUUUGCAAUUUGUGUAUUGCAGUAUGUAUGCUAGUUGUAUACCUGCCAAUUCUCCUGAAUUUUUCGUAAGGUUUACGAAUUUGAGCUGCUUGUACAAUUUACGAAGGUUGCAUCAUGUUUUAUCAAAACUAAAUCAUGUUCGCCUAAAUGUUUUAAAAGUGUUCAGAGAUACGUGGCGGAAGAAAAUUGCAAUAGAUGUAUGCAGAAAAGAUAUUGUGAUGGUACCCCUGCCGGCUCUCGUAUUGCAGCGAAAAACGUCAUUACCAGAGGGGUACCUGCGUCGAGCAAGUUUAUUCAGAAAUGUUCCUGCAGGCCAAACCGUCCCCAGCAGCAGAGUAGUUGAUAGUCACUCAUCAGGAAAAAUCUUGUCAAUAAUCUGCUGUUCAACGUUUGUUGCACCUUGGUGCUGGGUCUUCAGUUAAAUAAUCGUCGAUCAAGUGGGCAUGCAUUUUAUAAAAAAUGUGUGUGCUCAGAGCAAACCUGAAUGCGCGAUACACGCCCAAUGGAUAUUCGCGUAAUAGAUGGGCGACGCCUUGACCGAUGGAACAGGGUGUGCUGCUGCACCUGACAAUGCCGUGUCUUCGAGCAGUGCUGGUGAAUCAACCUACAUUUUCUGUUAAAGUGAGUGUGUACAUAUGUGUAUAUAGAAACAAAUGUAUAUGUGAAAAUGUAAAUUGAAAUAAAGAUAUGACGUCAAGCUUUUUGAAUAAACACUGUAAACUUGUAGA